UCAUUCACCCACGCUCUUUCCUUCAAAAUUCAACCCUUUUCUAUUAUUCCUAUAUGCCAAGCGCGCUCUCUCCCUCUCCAAUUCAAAUAAUAAGCAUUUCAAUCACAGAUCUCCUCUUCUCUUUUAUAAACCCUAACUAUCCUUUCCAUUCUACCUUCAUUCACUCCCUUCUCCACAAAGAUUCUACCUUUAUUUUUCUUUCUGUGGUUUUUCGUUCGUUUUCAUUCAUGGGUUACUGCAAACCCCUCUUGAAUUUGAAGUUUUUUUUGAGUCUUUUUUAAUUUUGUACUAGAAAAGUGUUGAACUUGAACUGGGUUUCCAAUUGAAUGGAGAAUCAGGGUGAUUUACGGUUGUUGGGAUCUGAUUUUACGGAGAUUGGAGAGAAGCGAAGUAGUGGUGAAUCGGGAGAGAAACAAGAAAGUGCUCGUAAGCGGAUUAAAAUGCGAAAUCUUGAUUCUGUGUUGGGAUCUGAAGAAACCAGCACUCAUCAUUUGAAAAGUAGAGAAGCUAGUGACCAAUUUCAGUUUAGUGAAGAAAUUUCGCACGUUACCAAUUUGCCUGUAACCUUGGAUCUGGAUGCUACUCAAGUAGAAAGACGUGGGAGGACUUCGUUAACAAUUGAGGUCAAUCCUGCCCCUAGAAUACUGGAUCUCAAUAGUGAGGCUUGUGUUACUAAUAAUUCAGCUAGCAAUGGAAGUGCAGAACAUGCUGAGACUUUUAAGAAAGUCUCCUUGCUUAAGCAGCAUGAUAGAGAAUAUGACAGUAAAUGUGUAACCUCUGGAGGGAUUGGCUUGGAUCUCAAUGCAGAAGAUGUUACUAGCUUUAUAAACCAGGAAUCAUUUCAUUCGACCAAAAAUCAUGACCAAUUGAAAUCAAGAAGGGAAGCUUCUGAGUGUGGGAGUACUACUGGUCCAGUGGAGGGGAAAGAUCCAUUGAGAGUUUGGAAGGAGAUGAAGCAAAAUGAUUUUCUCUCAUAUUCUCGUGGAGGCAUUUCAAUUCAAAGUGGUUUAAUCUCACCUUCACAUGGAGGGAUACCAAUGCCAAAGCAACGUGGGAGAAAAAGCAAGAAUGAUCUUCUCAAGAAAAAGAUGGAGCUUGCAAAGAAAGAACAAGUGGAUAGGUUCACAAAAAUUGCUGCUCCAAGUGGACUGUUAAAUGGAUUGAACCCUGGGAUUAUAAACCAUGUAAGGAACAAAAAACAGGUCCAUUCCAUAAUAGAGGCCCUAGUGAGGUCUGAAAAACUUCAAAAUGGUCGUGUUGAAUCCAAAGAAGAGAGCCGGCUAAAAACUGAAACUAAAGAAACCAGCAAUGUAAGUGAUUCAGGAAUACAUCUACUCAGUUUUUCUCAAGGAAAUGGGGCUUCAGCUAUUUUAUCUGGGAACAAACAAAUAGGAGGAUACCAUAUAUUAUCCAGAGAGGGUGAUGCCAGCAUGGUAGAUAGGAUAUGUGGUAGAAAUUCUGUCUCACAUUCCACUGUUCUCAUUGAGGAUGAUUCAUUAGCACUGAAGUUAUCAACAUCAACCAAGGUAUCUGAGGAAUCUAGCACUUUUUCUAAUGAGGAAUCAACAAAUGUCAGUAGCAUUUCUUCUCUUUCUGUAAGAGCUGCUAGCGUUGCUUCUCAAUGGCUAGAACUUCUUCAUCAAGACAUUAAAGGGCGCCUCUCAGCAUUGCGACGCAGUAAGAAAAGAGUUCGAGCUGUAAUUACGACAGAGUUACCUUUUUUAAUAUCAAAAGAAUUCCCAUCUAAUCAAGAGAAUGACCCUUUUAUUAUGAAAACUUCAUCCGAUGGAAUGUCCAGUAGUGCAGUAUCUGCCAUGCAUCAAGCAAGAUGGAGAACAUUGUUUGAUCAGAUGGAUAAAGCACUUUCUGAAGAAGAGAAGCAACUUGAAAGUUGGUUGAGCCAAGUAAAAGAAAUGCAGCUGCACUGUGAUCAGGGGCUGGAAAAUUUCCAAUGGAAUGCAAUUUUUGGUUUCCAACAGCAGGAAACAUCAGAAAAUUACACUAGAAUUGGGAAUGCUGACAGCUUUGAGAGGGAAUUAGCUGUUAGAGCUGCUGCAGCUUCCAUCUAUUCAACCUGUAGUUUUCUGAUGUCAAAGGAGAAUGUAUCAUGCUUCUGAUCUCGUUAACAAUAAUUUCUUUUUUCUCCCUUCAACCUAUCUUAUUGUGGUGACUUCCCCAAUACUAAACUGAUUAAGUGUUUACUUUUACAAGGCUAUGCAGCUUAGCAAUAGCAAGUCUGUAACAUCAGGAAAUGGAACUCUUUUAACCUUUUCUUUAGUUUAAAUUUAUCUCAGCAGUGUCAGGGUAGUGCUAGAAUCUGAUUGUUAGAACUCUAGUUGCAUAAUCAAAGAAGUGCUAGAAUCUGUUUUUCAGGUUCCAUGAUGUUUCCUUUUUUUUUUUCCCCCUUGGAUUGUAUCUGAAUGUAGAAUGAUUUGAAAUUUUUAAUUUUGUCAUUGAUGACAAUCUUAUCUCAUUUUUUACUUUCAA